AUGUCUUCCUCCAAAUCUCGUCAUCAUAACAAUAAUAAUAGCAAGAAAUCAUCAGUACCAGGAGUAAAAUUGUUCGGUGUUCAAGUGAGUAGUGAUACUGGCUACAAUGGUAUGCCAGACCAUGGUUCUAUGCCAGCUUCAGUAAUAGCAUACCAGUUAUAUAAUAAUUACAGUGAUGAUGAUCGUAAAAGGUUAUUUAGAUUCAAGUGUGAGUAUUGUAACCAGGCUUUUGGGAGUUCUCAAGCGUUAGGUGGUCACCAGAACGCCCAUAAAAACGAAAGGAAGUUAGCCAAACUCAGGGCCGAAUUUCGAGCUACUCAACGCCUUCCACCUCACUACUACAACGCCCAAAUCACCGCCAUGCAUCACGUCAUCAGCUCAUCGCGGCCGUUUGAUCCUCACCAUGACGAGGCUGUUUGUUCUUCUGGGUCCAAUACUACUGCCGGUACUAGUACUGCCAUCAUCACCACCGCCGGAGAAACUACUACUUCUGUUCUCGCAGGACAUGAAGGAGUACUUAAUGAUGAUGAUGAUGAUCUAGAUCUUCAGCUAAGGCUAGGACCAUCUAAUUUCACAUCGGUAUAA